AUGGAUAUUGACGCGGAUCGACUGCUCGUGCUUGUUGAGGCUCGGCCCGCCAUAUAUAAUUUUAAUUUAAAAGAACAUCACAACCAGGACGUCAUAAACCAAUUGUGGAGCGAAAUUGGACAAGAAUUAAAUAUUACAGCUAUUCAAUGUAAGUCCAAAUGGCAUUCCUUAAGAACAGCUUACACAAGAUAUCUUCGAGAAGUAAAAAAUGCUCCUAGUGGGUCUGCUGCUAAGAAGAAAAAGUGGCACUUGGCUGAUGCAAUGUCGUUUUUAUCAAAUUACGCUGGACCGCAAAGAAAAAUUAUAAGUAACAUUUCUGCACCUAAUACAGCGAAGGUUAGUGAAGAAGUAAGAAAUUUGGGGGUAGGGGUUAGUGAGGACGGUAACGAAUUUCUUUCUGAAGAAUUCGAGUCUCAGUCAGGAUUAGAUAAUAUUGAGAGUCAAUACGUCACUCAGACAUCAUCCUCGUCAAAGGAAACAAAAAAGAAUAAAACUAAUAAGUCUUCAGCUGCUGAAGUCGUCGCAGGUCCUAUGGCUGAAUAUCUUAAGACGGUCACUGCUCAAGUUCAAUCUCAGAGAAAGAAUCAAGAAUUAGAGGAUCCUACAUUAACGUUCUUUAAAAGCCUUGUGCCUGAUGUUAACAAGCUGAACUCCAGAAAACAGCGUUAUUUCAAAGCAAAAGUGAUGGAACUUUUGAACUCAAUGCUCGAUAGUCAAGAGGAUUUUGAAAUGAUGAAUCCAAGAUGUCCCAUUGUUGUGAAUACUGCUUACAGUAGCAGUUCAUCUGGACCACCCUCCAACAUUAGUGAUAACACUUCAGCGUCAUAUGCGAUACCACCUUCGAUUGGACCUAUACAUUUUAGACCUCCAAGUACAGAAAACCAGCAACAAGAAUUCCGAAAUCAACACCAAAAUCAAUCGAAUUUCGAAUAUGAUACAUACAUGUAA